AUGAUGGCUGAGCCCGCCCAGCCCGAUCUCAGCGCGGCCAUGUCCCCGACGGGCAUCAAGCAAGAGACAAACAUCCUCGACGGCCUCGACCUGGACUCGAUGCUGCAAGCCGCGACCAAGCGUCCCUUCGAUGGAAACACCAAUGGCGACGAGUCCUCCAAGAGGGUCAAGACCGAGACCGAGCCUGCCCACGAUAACGCGUUCGAGCCAGACCCAGGCGCCGAAGAAUCGCUGGAAGAUGGGCUUGCACUUCUGGUUCAGAAUGCGCUCAACAAUGUCGGCGAUCUGGUGUCCCAGUUCACUCAGGACGCAAACAUGGCUCAGACGACAAAUGAUCCGAUGGAUGUUGAUCCCGCACCCAUCCCCGAAGCUUCUCUCCCUCCACCCCCCGUAACCUUCCUCUCUGACCCUCAAAAAUACCUGCGCAAGGCCAGUCGACAUGCGCUCGGCAACAUGGCUCUCUCUAUCCUCCUCUUGUUCUCGCAAUCCUUCGACGACUCAAUAAAGCCGAUCCGAGAUGCAGAAUCGCAACACGCCAAGGCUUUCCGGAACCUGCAGACUUCCUUUGAGCAGAUCAAGCAGAUCUACUCUACCAGCGCCAUCCUAUCUGCUGAUGAGCUGGAGCUCCAAGACCAUGAAUCUCGCACCAUCCUCGACCUCGCGAAUCUCGCGCAAUUCGCUAUUUGGUUACUCCAGACCACACCGUCGUAUUCCAACGCUCAUCAGAACUUUCACUCCAUAUUUCGAGGACAAGUCUCCGACCUUGGUUCUGAUGCACUCGACCUGUACCUGUCCCUCAAGACUCAAGUUGCGAUCGACGCGCUUGCUACGAAAACGCCAGAACAACAGUCUGGGCCGAUACUGGAUGACGCCAUAAUAAGCGGGAUGGAGGAUAAGCUACGUGGGCUUCAUCACAAUUCGGAUCUGACACCAGCAGAUCAGGAGUUCAUCUCAUCUGUACGGUCAAGGAAAGACGCUCUUCAGGGCGAAGCGCAACCCGACACUGCAUCUCUAAGGGAAAAGUACAAAGUGGAUGACUUGCUGGCUCAAGUUGCUACUUGUGUCAAGACUCGACUGGCGUUGAUGUCGGAUCUCGGAUCAAGGCUGGGCCAUCCCAUGCCAUCCAGCGAGGAGACUGCGGUUGACCUAUUGGGUGACGCGGCCGGAAAUGACGAUCCCGAUCUCGACUUGGAUGAUCUAUCUUCCUUCUUUGAGAAGACGACCUCGGGUCUUGUCCAGGACGCUCUGGCUGGUUUGACCGAGACCAACCCAGAGCCAACACCAACACCUGCAACUGAAACUGUUGAACAACCGGCUGCAGCCGAACCCACAAAGAGCCCCGAGAAGGCAGAGCCUUCUUCGACGCCUCAGACAAAUGGCAAGGUGGACUUUAUGACGGACUAUAAGGAGUUGGAGGCUCUUGUGGCCGAGAGUACUUCAAAUUACGUCAAGACCACAUUACACGGGCUAUCUCCAGUCCCUUAUCAGCCAACCGUACCUACAAGUACAACGCAAUCGUAUCUCAGCCAACUCCAGCAGUCGCAUGCUCAGCAUCCUUACUACUCAUACACACACAGCAUACCCGAGCCUCCUCCUCCUCCUCCGGAGCCUGGUCAAAACUUGCCGCCGAAUCAAACCUGCCCGAGUGCUGUGUUGUAUGACAAGGCGAGACAGGCGGCAAUCUCAAAGUCGUCCGCCCACACCAGGAGAGAGGGUCUCCACUCGACACGCCGCCCUUGGACUCAAGAAGAAGAAAAGGCACUCAUGGCUGGUCUUGACAUGGUCAAGGGCCCUCACUGGAGUCAAAUACUCACCCUGUUUGGGCAGAAUGGCACCAUAUCCGAUAUACUCAAAGAUCGGACACAGGUGCAACUCAAGGACAAGGCCCGUAACCUCAAGCUGUUCUUCCUCAAGACCAACUCAGAGAUGCCGUACUAUCUACAGGCCGUAACUGGCGAACUCAAGACUCGCGCCCCUACACAGGCAGCCAGGAAGGAGGCGGAGGAACGCGCCAGGUUGAACUCGGAGGAGGAUCAGGCUAGGAUACAAGGCAUAAUGACACUGGCCGGGGGGCUGCAGAACCCUCCACAAGGACGGGCAGCGGGAACACCAGCCUCAGCAGUCGGCCAGGCUGUCAUGACACCCGCUCAAGCUGCGAGUGCAGCACAGGCCGCGUCGACGCAACACGGCUCGCCCGCGCAACAUCAAACACCUACUCACUCUUACAACUCUGCCACUUCCUCGGGAUAUCCGCCCUCCUCGCUGCCGCAAGCCAGACCGAGCUUGAUGACUGCUACACAACAGUCUCAUCAGUCUACACCUCAGCAGCCCGCCCGGCCACAGGCACCUCACACUCCUCGAGCCCAGCAGCAACACCUACCGCAACAACAACCCCAGAGCGCCAUGCACUCUCCCGCUCAGGCUCGAUCCCACACGUCGACUCCUGUCGGGCAGAUGCAUCACUCGCCACCGGCUCAUCACACCCCGACUCCUCAGCCCGUCCCCGCGCAGGCCGCUCAGCCUCAAUACUCUCCCCCUCAACACUCGCAACUCACAUUCCCGUCGCCUCCGCCAGCGGCGCCCGUCCACACCAUGCAGAUGCCCCAUGUGCCGGCCCCUGAGCCUCAACACGAUAUGCACGACAACGCUGCAGAGGCGGCGCUACUACAGGGCCUUCAGGCGGCGGUGGCAGAGUCGCUGUAA